AUGGACGCGAUCUGUGUUUGUUUGUUUGUUUGUUUUUCCUUUAGAUGGCUGAGGGGGAAAUGUUCUGUGUGUGUGUGUGUGUGUGUGUCACUAAUAUGA